AUGAUACCUUCGUUGCUUUCCCUGCUUGCCCUUGCAGGUGCAGGGGUCUCAGCCGCCUCAAUCCCUAGCACCGCCAGCGCAGGCCUCAGUGCUCGCAGCACCAACCUGACUCCAGGCUGCAAGAACGGCCCCACAUCCCGCCAAUGCUGGGGCCAGUACGAUAUCAACACCAAUUACUACGACACGGUCUUUCACACAAACCACACCGUCGAGUACUGGUUGACCCUCGAGGAGAUCGACUGCGCACCAGACGGGUACCUGCGUAAAUGUCUGGCAGCCAAUGGAACCGUCCCUGGCCCCGCAAUCACGGCUAAUUGGGGAGACGAGAUCGUCGUCCACGUCACCAACAACAUCAAGACCAACGGCUCGGCAAUUCACUGGCACGGUGUGCGGCAGCUCAACAACAACGCGAACGAUGGAACACCCGGUGUCACUCAAUGCCCUAUCGCACCUGGCACAAGCAUGACAUACAGGUUCCACGCCGACCAGUACGGCACCACGUGGUACCACAGCCACUUCAGCUUCCAGUAUAGCAAUGGUCUGUAUGGACCACUGAUCAUCAAUGGCCCUGCUACUGCCGAUUACGACGAGGACCUCGGUCCCGUCUUCAUCACUGACUGGAACCACUAUACCGCCGACCUCGAGUGGGCCACCGUCUCCAACUUCAACGUGACAUUCAACGGCUCCGAAACCGGCCUCAUUAACGGCAUGAACACCGGAAACUGCACGGCGCUCAACGCGACGAAAGCAGACCCUAAUUGCCUCAGCGACGGCAAGAAGUUCGAGCUCCACUUUGAGCAAGGCAAGAAGUAUCGUUUGCGAGUGCUCAACGUCGCAGAGGAGGAUUGGGUUCAGUUCAGCAUCGACAAUCACACCUUGACGGUCAUCGCGAUGGACUUUGUGCCUAUCGUGCCUUACCAGACCAGUAGCAUUUUCAUCGACAUGGGUCAGCGAUAUGACGUUAUUGUUGAGGCGAACGCACCGCCAGCCGACUACUGGCUGCGUAGUGGUUUCGAGCCGUUAUGUAUUCCCAACGGCGCGGGUGCAAACAAUAUAAGCGCCAUUGUGAGAUACGACAAGACCAGCACUGCGAAUCCGACCAGCUCGAGCGUGGACGGUAACAUAUUGGGGUGGGAUCUCUGCGUUGACGAGCAGCCAACCAACUUGGAGCCCUGGGUGCCUGUCAGUUUGGACAUGGCCAAUGUGGUUGCAGGCAUCCAGACCGAGACCAUCAUACCAGAGUGGGUUGACAACAAUACCUAUCUCCGCUGGUCAAUCAAUGACGGGGCGUUCAUGUGGGUGAACUGGUCGAACCCAGCACUUGGAGACGUUAUCACUGGAGACUUGAAUGCAAUUCCCACGUCAGACAACAUCUUCCAGGUUGGCUCCAACUCGUCGGCGAAGAGUACGCUUCGCAAUGAGACGGAAUGGGUCGUCCUGGUCAUCGAAGACAAGACACCCUUCACGGGUAUCUCUCACCCUAUCCACCUCCACGGACACGACUUCCUCAUCCUCUCGACUGGCUACGAGCCGUGGACUGGAAGAACGUACGGAUGGCAGUUAACCAACCCGCCACGUCGCGACACGGCCACUAUGCCCAGUAACGGGUAUCUUGCUAUCGCUUGGCCGCUCGAUAACCCGGGUGUCUGGGCUUUGCAUUGCCACAUUUCCUGGCACAGCAGUCAGGGUUUCGGUGCGACGGUGCUGGAGUCGGCGGACAUGAUCCCCAAGCCGGUGGGAGGUGAUUGGUCUAAGGAGCUUGAUCCAGUUUGCAAGGCCUGGCAUGAGUGGGUGCCAACUGCACCCUUCCAGCAGACUGAUUCGGGUAUUUAG